AUGGAGAAGACAAAUCAACAACUAGAAGAGAAGAACAAAGAGAAUAAAGAGAUGGAGAAGACAACACAACAACUAAAAGAAAAGACAAAACAACAACUGGAGGAGAAGAAUAAAAAGAUGGAGAAGAAUACAGAUAUGGAGAAGACAAAACAACAACUAGAAGAGAAGAGCAAAGAGAUGGAGAAGACAAAACAACAACUAGAAGAGAAGAACAAAGAGAUGGAGAAGACAAAA